GCAUAAUUACAGUUUGGAGGCAAAACGGGUGCUUCUUUCCUUUUUCAGUUUUUUUUCUCCCAUAUUGAUCGUUAAAAAAAAAAAAAAACUGAACUCAAAAAGAAAUUAACAAUUCCCCUUCAAAUUAAGCAAGUUCCUCCAACGUUGGGGAAAUUUUAAUUUUUCCCAUCACAUGAAUGAACCGAAAAGGGGAAAAAAAAAAAGAAAAAAAGAGUACACAUUUUUGUUGCUACGGUAUGGCAGUACUUGUGCACAGCUUAAAUUGGUUAGCUCUCUCCCUCCUGCUCUUUUUCUGCUUCCCCUGUUUGGCUCCCGUGUCCUCGCUUACGAAGCAACCAUGAGGAAGAGGAGGUACUUCACGAGUGAACCCCCCCCGGAUGUUUUAAAUUACCUGAACACCAAAGACACGUCAAACAGAAAUGGCAGCGACGGUGUGGACCCAAAUGAGCAAGACAUAUUCGCCUCGUACCUUCCAAGGAACAAUCAGAACGUCUGUUUUCCCAAAAGUUUGCGUGAGCACAUGAUCGUCGAGUACACGGCUAUGUUUGCAAAUUCGGAAGGCGACAUCGCGGAGUUCUACCUAAAACUAGACAAUGACGUGCUGAUAAACUUCCCCUUCUUGCAUGUAGACCACCCGCUGCACAGGUACUACGAACUCGUUAAGGAGAAUACCAACAGGAGGCUAAUUGACGACUACCCAAAUUCAAUUCCCUUGGCUUUACGUGGGCUCUUUGGACAUGUGCGCCAACUGGAAAAGGAGAAAGUCAGUAGCAAUGAGGCCAAAGCCAACAUGCUAAGGGAGAAACAAAAAAUUAGUAUGAGGGAUGCAAAGGAUAUGAAAGCUAAACUUUCCGAAAGGGAGAAACGAAAAAAAAAACAAACAGAGGACCAGUCCUACUCCUCACUUUUUAUGAAGUACAUGGAAUCGGAUGACGAGACGGAAGCAAAAAAUGUCCAGCAGGAAAAGCCUAUUUCGAAUCAAGACCUACUCGUAAUGCACACGCGCAGUUGCAGAAAGGAAAAAAAAACUCCCCCCAGGAAUAUACCAACAUUUUUGUGUUGCCCCUUUUUGUGAGAAAGUCCCAACCGCUACUCAUCCCCUGCGCGUACGGCAUUACCCCCUCCCUCUUCAGGAAAUGGACCAACUGAUUAACCAAAUUCUUCACUCCAAGAAGGAGCUGCCCAUCUACUUCGCCCGACUUCUCAUGCGCUGUAUAGAAAAACUAAAGUACCUGCAAUACGGUUCCAAGGAAUAUGCGUACUUCUCGUAAGGCUCCUCGCGGUGCGCACGUUGUUGAGCAGACUAGAGGGUCGCCAACGUUGCAUUUGUUAAUAUUUCCCUGGUGGGGCACGCGUAUCCUGCUUUACCCAUUACUUAGAUAACAUGCUAACGUUCCACUGGGGCAACGUUCCACUGGGACAUCGUUCCACCGUGCC